CCAGACUCAAUUUUCUUGAGCAAAUUUCGAUAAUUUGUAUCAAAAUCUUUUUUUCGAAAAUCAAUAUAGAGCAAUUCAACUGAAAUUAGGCCAAGCCAUCAUCAGGCUCGUAUUUUUCUUGGAGUCUUUAUGGGAGAAGUCGUUUACGUUUCCUACAUGCAUCUGUUAAUUCUUUAGGACAAUUGUCCUAUUGUCUAUAUUUUUCAGUCAUUUCAAAAAGAACUAUGGGUGUGGAGGUGAGGUGGAUGGGUGUGGCUGUUGUUCUCUGCUUUGCUACACUCACAACCACACCCACACCCACACCCUCAAUUAUUAAAAAUGCAUAAUAGAAAUAAAAUUUUAUUUUAAAUUCUAAUAGAAUAAGAUAAAUUGAAAUAAGGGUUUUUAAAUUGGUUUUAAUAAAUAAUCAACUGAAUUUAUUUCAUUGUUCAAGAUUAUUAAAAUGAUUUUUUAAGAAAACAAAUUAAAAAAGCAGAAUAUUAGAAUUCGUAUAAUUACUAGAAACAACAAAUGAUUAAAAAGAAGAUUAAAAAAAUUGAUAAUAUUCAAAUAGUUAUAUAUAUUCAUUGAAAAUGUUCAGAAAUCCUUUAAUUAAAUAAUUUCUUUCAUCGAAUUCGAUAAAGUCAAAUAGUUGUUCUCAUGAAAUAAAUUUCUUUUUGCAAUCGAACUACUGGUUAAGAUACGAAGCACUUUACAGUAGCGAGUCGUGCGCUUUCUUUCUUUCUUCUUAGACGUACACAAGUGAAGUGAACAGUUUGUAUUGUAAUGAUCUUAAAAAUGGAAAAUAAAAGAAAUCGUCAUUCAGACUUUAGAUGAUAGUAGGAAGAGCAAGAUUGAAUCGAUAAAAGUGAAAAAUUUUUCUUAAAGAUUUUGAUAUUUUUAAAGGUUUAAUAUGAUUACUAAAUAGUAUUCGAGUUUCUCUCGAAUAUGAAAUAUUCGGGAAAGAUAUAAAUUUUCUAUAUUUGAAAACGAAAAUGAUUCUUCGAUGAAAACUUUAACUAUUGUUGAGAAGACAUAUUCAUUGAAAUUUUUUGUUAAGAAAUAUCUUCAUAUUUCUUUUGUUUGUUGUUUGGAGAAUCGGCAUUCAAAUAUCGUUCAAUAAAUAGAUUCCAGUCUAGUUUGAAUUAUAACUCAUUAUAAAUUUUUUAGGAAAAUUUAAUAUGAUUCUCGAUCAUUAACAUAGAAUUAGAAUCAUCGGUUCUAACAGUAUAUAAUGAAACAAAAUCUCUACGAAGCUUCUAUUAAAAUUUAGAAACUAUCCUUUCAAUCACAGACUCUUUUGAAUUUAAUCUUUUUCUCUAUAUAUCGAACGAUUUAACACAACAUAGAAGGCUUUUCGAAAAUUGAUUACAUUAAUACUCAUGCUUUGUCGAAUAUUAAUAUUCUUUAGAACAAUAUUGAUAGAUUAUCAAAGAGUAUUCGCAAUAGUGAAUCAUACAAUGGACACUUUUCAACUUCUGUAAAAUCUCUAUCAACUAAUCAAUGAAAAUGCAACUUUCUUAGUUAUAGCGAUUGAUAGAAACAUCUGUUAUCUGACUAAUAGAAAUAACUCAAAGAGAUACUUCAUUCGCUUUGAAUUUGUAAUCGAGUUUUAUUUGUUUUUUUUUGAAAAAUUGUUUAUUUGACAUAGUUUAUAUUUGUACUUUGCGUUUGUAUUGCAUCCUCGAUUAUGUCGAGAUGCCAGUGCAUCUAGUUUAAAAUUUUCAUUAGAACUAAUUCACUUCGAAUAUUAUAGAUGAUAAGAUUUAUUUUCAAAUAGUUUCAUGUAGAUUUCGGAUUACUCUAACAUUUUAAAAGAAUACUUAUGAAAAAAAACCAUGAAAUAUAUUUUUAAAAAUAUAUCAGAAAUACUUUCCUUUAGACAUAAUUUCCAAUAAUAUUUACUAUAAUAAUUCGUCGAUGUUUAAUAGAAGAAGUAGAAUUUGAAUAAAUACUACAAAACAAGUUAUAAACCAAUAUCGAAGGAUAAAACAAAUUUAUGUGAAUUUGAAAUCUUUCUAUCAGUGUUCUCUGUUUGAGAAGUUCAUUUUAUUUGGGGUGUGGGUAUGGACGUAGAAACAGAAGGAGAGUCACACUCACAUCCUGUUCACCGAACAUUCUUCAACAAGAAUAUCAUCUAGAUAAAAACGAGUUCAAAUGACUUCAUUAAGAAGAAACAUUUUGAAGAUAUUUAGUAUGCUUAUAAAAUUCUUUCGAAUGACAUUGACGAUGAUGAUGAAUAUACUUGGCGAUGUGAAACUAUUCUAUAGAUUAAUAAAGAAAUUACUUGCAAUAUUAUUGAAUGUCUGAAUUGUUCAAUGAAAAUUCAAUUGAAUAAUAAAUAAAAGUUGUUGUUUUUUUUGUUCAUCUUAUUUUCUGUUAACUUUUGAGUGAUAAUAAGUGAAUUAUUUUUAUGCAACCAAGAGAAAUAUUUCAUAUAACUCAUCAGUCUUCAUAUAUCUAUCUAUAUAUACAUAAGUAUCUGAUAAAUUUUUUAAACAUAAUAAAGGACGGGGGACGAUUUCUACAGAAAUCGGCCCAAUUGAAUUUUAAUGAUCUGCUCGGGUAGAAACAAAGGAAAUGAUGGUAGAAAGUAUACCUUAUGGUUUUCAACUGAUUUUGCUAGAUGUUUACAAGUCCAGGAUCCGAUUACUUCUUCAAUUUUCUGUGUAUACAUAGGGGCAUCUUUUGGUUGUCUAGUUUUACAUAUAUGUACUUGUUACUUAAUUCAAACCAAAUGAAUUAUAUAUCAGUAGAUAGGCCGUGAAAAAUACUUCAAAAUCCUAUAUGACAAUCGUUUAUCAAAAAUGUAAACAAAUAAUUUCUUGCCGAAAUACUUGUUGAAUACCGUUCAAUUACUGCGUUGGUGUCCAGUAUAAACCAUCCUAUGUGCUGAGUUAGAGUUUUCCCACUAUGAAUUUGAUACCAUUCGAUAGAGUUUUUCACGGGCUACAAAUCCAUGUAUAGUUUGUUUGCAAAUAAAGCUGUGAACAUCUCUCGAGUCCAGAUUGUUUUGUUUAGAUCAGCAAAAAUGGCAUUUUUUGGCCGAUAUUCAGAGGUUUUGGUCAUAAUUAUUACUUUUUUAGCCAAAACAAAUGGCAUAUUCAAAAUCACCAUGAAAAAUAGGGUCGAUGUAUGUGUGUUCCAAACUUUCCUAAUGACUUUUAUUUUCGGUCAAAACCUCAGGCCUGGUCCACCUCCGGGCUUCCUCAGGAAAUAAGUCGAAAAAUAAAAGUCAUUAGGAAAGUUUGGAACAUACAUACAUCGACCCUAUUUUUCAUGGUGAUUUUGAAUAUGCCAUUUGUUUUGGCUAAAAAAGUAAUAAUUAUGACCAAAACCUCUGAAUAUCGGCCAAAAAAUGCCAUUUUUGCUGAUCUAAACAAAACAAUCUGGACUCGAGAGAUGUUCACAGCUUUAUUUGCAAACAAACUAUACAUGGAUUUGUAGCCCGUGAAAAACUCUAUCGAAUGGUAUCAAAUUCAUAGUGGGAAAACUCUAACUCAGCACAUAGGAUGGUUUAUACUGGACACCAACGCAGUAAUUGAACGGUAUUCAACAAGUAUUUCGGCAAGAAAUUAUUUGUUUACAUUUUUGAUAAACGAUUGUCAUAUAGGAUUUUGAAGUAUUUUUCACGGCCUAUCUACUGAUAUAUAAUUCAUUUGGUUUGAAUUAAGUAACAAGUACAUAUAUGUAAAACUAGACAACCAAAAGAUGCCCCUAUGUAUACACAGAAAAUUGAAGAAGUAAUCGGAUCCUGGACUUGUAAACAUCUAGCAAAAUCAGUUGAAAACCAUAAGGUAUACUUUCUACCAUCAUUUCCUUUGUUUCUACCCGAGCAGAUCAUUAAAAUUCAAUUGGGCCGAUUUCUGUAGAAAUCGUCCCCCGUCCUUUUUCUCUCAGAAAUCUAUUUGUAACCUUGUAUCUCAAUUUGUUAUAAUAAGAAUAUCAUACGAUCAAAAUUUUCAUACUGAUUACAAAUAUAUUUUUUUCAUAUUUAUAAAACAAAAUGUUUUCUGAAUGAUCUAAAAUUUUGGUUAGAGUUAAAUCCGAAGCGAAAGAUUAUCUUUCGAUCUAUGUGUUUGUGUAGAAAAUGACUUUUGAAUAAUGAAAUAUGUCUAUUUAGGCGUCUAAAUAAAGAAUUCAUUCAAGAAAAUAUAAACGAUGCUUCUACAAUGGCAUAUUGGGCUUCAUUCGAAUUUUUAAAUUGAAAAAGACAUUAUUAACUUCUAAUAGACUAAUACAUUAUUUUAAUACCAUAUAAUUCACAUAUACUUUGUAACAAUUUGGGUGUGUGUGGACAGCUUAGUGCACUCCUCACAUAUGAAUUGUUUUGGGUGACUAUCGUAUGGAGCUGAACUUAUACAUAUCAUUGUAAGAUAUGAACAUGGCGAAAGAAUUAUAUGCUAUUUUGAGGUUUUUUUAAUAAUGAAUUUAUCAUUAAAACAUUUGAAAAUCUGUAAAAAUGACAAGACCAUAAAUCAAAACAUUGAAUUAUUGACUAUUCUUUUCUCUUCGAUUAAAUGAGUUCUGAGUACUGCAAACUAGAUGUUAAUAUAGUGCGAGAUCGUAUUCCUUCUAGAAUAAAAUCAAUAGAGAAUAAAAAACGUUGUUAAAAUUUCUUAUGGAUUUGUAGCAGGCUAUAAGAUUUCUAAAAAUUUUUUUAAAGAUUUUACACAGAAUAUUUAUUCUUCGAAAGUAAUCAAGUAUCUUCAUUAUCGAGAACAAAUCAUUUCUAACGAGUCAAUAUCAUUGAAAAAAUUUUGAUUAUUUAUUGAAAAAGAAUCUUCAUUGUUUGAGUUUGAAAAUUGAGAAGUUUGUAUUCGAUCUUUUUAAGAUAUAGACGAAGAAUCAGAUGUAUUGGAUAAUCACAUCUCGAAUAUUAGAAAAGAAACUGAAGAAUGCACGUCGACUUCAUUAUUUGGUCGAUUAGUCAGUUAUACUUAUCCUUUGAAUUAAUCCAAGCUAUGUCAUCAUUAAAUUAGAUGUGUCAUAUGGGUGAAUAUGAUAAAUCAGACAAAUAUUUUUAAUGUCUUUUUUCUACUUUACCAGUAAAUCGUGAGGACAUUCUGAAAAUCUAUUUUCAUCUUGGUCGUGUUAAUUAUUUUCGUGGUGAUUCGAGACAGGUUCUGGAAUAUGAUGAACAUGCAUUAACUUUACAAAAGAAACAAAUUGAACUUCAGCGAAACUCUUUCGAUAUAGCACAAACAUUACAUAGCAUUGGAAAUAUUUAUCUAAAUAAGAAACAACUAAUAAAAUCAUUAAAAUAUCUUCAAGAAGCUUUAGAAAAAAUGUUACAUUUAUUUCAAGAAGCUUAUGAGAUAAAAAAAGUAGGAUUAGCAACGAAUGAUCCAUUACUUGCUGAUUCAUUAGAUCAUCUUGGAAUAGUCUAUCAAGAAAUGGAUGAUAAUGAUAAAGCCAUAGAAUGUUACAAAAAAGUAUUAAAUAUAAAACGAAAAACUUUACCAUUGACACAUCCAUCAUUGAGUGCAUCUUUAAAUAAUUUAGGCGUUAUUUAUCGACAACAAGACGACUAUGAUCAAGCCCUAGAAUAUUAUAUCCAAGCACUCCAAGUCGAAACAAUAGCAUUAGCAUUUGAUCAUUUAGAUCUUGCCGAUACAUAUAAUAGUCUAUGCACACUUUGUUGUGAUCAAGCAAAAUAUAAAAAAGCAUUAGAAAUGGCUGAAUUGAGAUUAAAUAUAUUGAAAAAACAUUUUGGUGAUGAUAAUGAACAAGUACAACAAACAAAACUUAAUAUUGGUGAAAUAAAUGAAGAAAUAAAUAGACAGUCGCCAUACAAUGAGCAGCUUGGACUUCAAACUGAAUUUUGA